GUCUCCGAUCUGCAGGAAGUGCUCGGUGCAGACAUUAUCAAGGCCAAGCUUGAGAAAGGCGAAACUGUCUCUCUAUACUGGGGAACUGCAACUACUGGCCGUCCUCACUGUGGUUACCUAGUACCUGCAACACAAAUCGCUUCUUUCCUUAGAGCUGGAUGCCGUGUCAAGGUUUUGCUUGCCGAUAAUUCUGACUCCUUCAAGGCACCCAUCGAGCUUGUCAAGUUCCGUGCCGAGUACUACCGCCACUGCAUCACAAGUCUUCUGAAGGCCGUCGGUGUGUCCAUUGAGAAGCUCGAGUUCGUCCUCGGCUCGUCUUACCAACUUACUCCUGAAUUCAACAUGGACAUGUACCGUCUCCACAGCAUUGUUAGCGCGCACGAUGCAAAGAGAGCUGGCGCUGAGGUCGUCAAACAGACUGACCUCGAUGUUGACGCUCAGUUUGGUGGUGUUGACCAGAGAAAGAUCUUCGCCCUCGCAAAGGAGAUCCUCCCCAAGGUUGGCUUCAGAGAGCGUGCCCACUUGAUGAACAGUAUGGUACCUGGUCUUACAGGAGGCAAGAUGUCAGCUUCUGACCCUGACUCAAAAAUCGAUCUUUUGGACGGACCCGAGAUUGUCAAGAAGAAGCUCAAGAAGGCUGUCGCUGCUCCCAAGGUUGUUGAGGACAACGGCGUCCUCAGCUUCGUCGAGUACGUCCUCCUUCCCAUCUCUGCCCUCCAAACCGGCGAGCCCAAGUUCGUCGUCGAGCGCAGAGAAGGCGAACCCCUCGUCUACACCUCCAUCGCACAGAUGCACUCCGACUACCGCGAGGACAUUUUGUCUCCCCAGAUUCUCAAGCCUGCCGUUACCGAGGCUCUCAACAAGCUCCUUGAGCCUAUCCAAGCAGACUUCCAGUCCAACGAGGAGUGGCAGAAGGUUGAGAAAUUGGCUUACCCUCCCCCUCCUGCCCCCGAGAAGAAGGUCAAGAUCAAGAAGGACAAGGGUUCCAAGUUCCCUGGUGCUGCCAAGAACGAUGUCGUUGCUCAGCCUGACGGCCAUGUUGAGGGCCCUGGUAGUGCUGAGGUCAAUGUCGGCAAGGCUGAAGAGGGCCUUAAGAACCUGGAGGUUGAGGAGAAG